AUGGAUCCAAGACAGCCGCCACAGCACCCUUUCUCGCGCAAUACUGCGUCGCAAUACAGUCGCUCUCCUUUCCCUCCAAACCCGAAUCCGACAACAUCAUCAUCAACACCGAAUCAAUCUCCUUUCCCUCCUGUAUCGUCACAUCCCGCCUCAUCGAAUCCUGCCUAUGCCGACCAUCAGCGAAGAUCUUCCGAAAACCCCUACUACGGUUCAGGCCCGAGGUCAUAUCCCCAAGAGUCGAGCUCCGGUCCUCCACCUCCUUCGUCGGGUCAUUCUCGACACCCGAGUUCAUCAUCGUUGCCUCCCGGUCCGCCUAUGAAUAGAAAUAUGCCACCCCCAGCUUCUCCUCCCCAGCCGGGUAACCCACAGCCGCCGUCGCAUCAGAUGGGUCACUAUGGCCUGCCAGCUCCAAGAGGUCCGCCACUUCCUGUUGGCCAUCCGACUUCGUUUCCAGGCGGUCGUGAGCUGCCCUCGUUAGGAUCAAUAUCGAGAACUGGUAGCACCGGCAGCUCCAUGUCAAUUUCAUCCAUGCUCGGGGGCCCGCCUCCCGCGCCGAGGGACUCUCAGCCUCCGCCAUCGCAUUACCAUCCCCCAGCGACCUCUGCAAGCUCUGGCCCGACUUUUGCACCAUCAAUACAGGCGUCUCCGAGGAUGCAUUCGGCUUCUUCCGAUUAUCAACCCUUCAGAAGACCUCAAACUCCCGAGCACGGUCGCCCUUACGACCCUAGAGGCAGCGCCGCCGCAUCGCCGCAGGGUGCAUACUCAACGACACCCGAGAUGCAGCGAUAUGGCACGCCGCAGCAGUCCUAUCACCAGCGUGGGCCUUCCGCACAGGAUGGUAGAGAUACGAGCCGAAUGCCCCCCGGUCCUCCCCCGAGACCCACGAGCCAGCCGAAGUCUUUCACGAGCAUGCCCUCGAGACCCGUUGAUAUGGGCAGAAAUAACGGCCCCGAAGAGAUGUAUCCGCGUCGCGAAGAGAUGCCAAGAGGGUCGAUGGAAUACAACCCGGAAAGGCCAGGUCUGAAGCCAAUGACCUUUGAUGACAGAUACCGCGCGGAGCGCGAACGUCGGGAGGAGCUUGAGUUUAGAGAAAGAGAAAGGAGAGAACGUGCAUAUUCUGGCGGCGAGGGAGGACGAGGACCCCCACCUCAUCAAGGCGAGUACCGACCGCAAGAGGUGCCUCGGGGUCAACCUCCUCCGCCAUUUAGUCGGCCCCCUGAGCAUCGAGAGCAAGGGCCGUGGCCGCCUCGGCAGCCCCAGCCUUUCGAACAAUCUCGUGUACCUUAUGAUCCCGCUGGUCUGCAUCCGCGACACCACGAGUAUCCUCCGACAUCAGCCCCUGGCUACCCAAACCAAAGCCAUCCUGCGCCUGCUCCUCAGUACCAACAACCACCCCCAGCAGACCGAUAUCCUCCUCAGAACCACCCUCAACAACCACCUACGGGCCAGCCGACACAACCUCAACCACAGCAACAGCAGCAGCAACAGCAACAACAACAACAACAACAGCCCUUCGACUCCCCAGAGAGGCAACGUGCCAAUCAUCUCCAUCCGCAGGGACAGCCAGCCCCGGCGCACCGUCGGCCUGUGGAGGAAGGGCCACCGCCACAAUCAGUCGCCUACAACGCGGCGCAUGGUACCCCGAUUUACGACUCGUCCCGUAACCGAACAGCCGAAGAGCAUCCUCAUAACGGUCAAAGGCAUUUGUUGGCGGUGCAAGAGAUCAACCGAAAGGGCCGGGUUUCUCCGUUACCUCAGGCAGUGCAAGGGGCACAACCUCAGCUGCCAGGCCCUGCAGGAGAGCCUGGCAUCAAGAGCGAAUUUGGCCGCAUGUUUUCGGGGAUUGGCAGCGGAGUAAGUGGCAUCAGCGCGCCCAGUCCAGUCACUGCGGGGGCCCAGCUACCGUACACCAACGCGAGCCUUGCUCGACGAGACGAGACAGACAGUGCCGCGCAUGAUUCUGGACCCGAUGCGGCGCCCAAGCCGCCACGCGAGGGAGCGAAGGGCCGACGGAGAAAGCUCAAGGAAGAAGAUGGAAAGGGUGACGAUGAGAGCACAGGGCGCCUUACGCCUGUCGGUCGCGCCAAGCGUCCCAAGACUCAUCAGCAUCAUCAUCAUCAGUAUGCAUCAUCCCCGUUGCAUCGGUCUGUGAUGACUAACAGCGACAGCCACCAUCACCACCACCACCAUCACGGUGUCGAACACACGAAUGUCCCUGCACCCAUCGGUGUCACGCCUUUCAAGAACGUCAAGGGAACCACGCCUGUUCCGUCUCCCACUGGACCAGCCAAGGACCUACCAGCCGCACACCAUCACCACGUCCCUCGACCAACCAACCAGCACACCCACCACGUGAAAGAAGCACCUGCGAAGCAGACCGUGCAAAGCCCUACCAGCGUCAUUCCUCCCAAGCCCAAGACGGUUGUGAGCUCGAAAGCUGUCCUCGAAUCGGUCGCGCACCUCCCUCGGACUCACUUAGGCGAUGUCCUGUACGAACCGAAGCUGACACCCGCGAGACAAUUGCCAAAUGUUCCCUCAGGCCGCGGCUUUGCGUCAACGCCAACGCCACUCCCUUGGGGCAUGAUCAAGGACAAGGAGAACUGUACGCUCACAGUGAAGGUUCCCAAGGUGCACUUGACCCCUUCAGCGAGGGAAGAGAUAACUGCGCGACGGGCACUUUGGGGUACAGAUAUCUACACGGACGACUCUGAUGUGAUUGCUGCCUGCAUACACGGAGGAUGGAUAAGAGGAGAAUGGGGCGACGAUGUCGACACUGAUAUGUUGGACCUUGACCGUGGCUUGGCCGCUCCCGAGAAAGACAUUCCCACGAAUAAGAGACGGAAAGAGAAGGAGAAGGAGGAGAAAGCCAGACUGGAAGCAAACAUGGCUACGUUCCUGGAUAAGCCCCCUAAGACGGGACCCGUCAGCGUGCCUCCUGAUCGCGACAUGCACGUUAGUCUCCUGAUACUUCCACGGUUAGAGAAGUACGGCAGCACGACGCGAUUCGGUAUCCGGUCGCGCGAAUUCGGCGGCCGCUACAACGGACGGACAUCAGUCCACGAUGGCAUCAGUUUCCUGAUUACUGGCAUUCGUUGGGUCACCAACGGCGCCGGAACGCAGAGCCGACUCCGUGGCAAGGGCCGCAGAGAGCGGAUGCGCAAAGCCAUGGGAGAGAUGAACGCAGCCAGCAGAGGCCUUAACGGCGCCGAGCUCGAGCGCGAGAAACAACGUCUUGACAAGAUUAGGGGCGAGAUUGUUUCGGGCAACUGGUGGAAGCGGGACGAGGCGCGCGAGAAUGGCGCGGACAAGGACGAGAGAUCGCCGAGUGAAGGCGACAAGGAGAACAGGCCAGCGGACGAGCGCCAAACGACCAACGGCGCAACUAACGGGAUCGUCACUAACGGUGUCACGGCGGAUAAGGGCGAUAAGAUGGAUGUGGACGAGAAGACGAAGAAGGCGGAUGCUGUGGCGUCGUAA